AUGUCUAUGCUCCCCGGCCCCUUGGCCAUCACGGCCCCAACUGAGCAAAUCCGGGAGACGGGCUCGUCGCCGGAUGAGCUGCGCAAAAUGUCCCAUGCUGGCGCACACCCCGGUGUGCGCCAGCGUCUCUGGGGCUUGGAGGCCCGUCUCGAUCCCACUGUCACCUUCGAAGAAUUUACCUACUGGGCCAAGAUUGAGCGUGAGAUGGAGGAUCAGGAAAGCCGUCAACAGCAGACCGUGACCGGUGGUGGCAUCCUGGGCACCAUCAAGGGCUUCUUCACCAGCAACCCGUACGAAGAUGCUAAGGUCCACGAAUCGCGUGAGCUUCAGAGCAAUGAAGAGGCCGCUCAGUGGUCUGAGAAGAAGACCGCAGUGGCCGUUUCCGACGACGGCACGGUUAGCCCUAUUGCACCUGCUGGCACUCAUGAGCUCGACGCUGAAUGGCGUCUGGCGGCGCGUGCUCUGCGCAACGCUGGCUGGGGUGCGGUUUUCUAUCUGAUCACCACGGAUAUUCUGGGCUGGUCGCAAACACCCUAUGUCUUUGCAAACACUGGCUACGGCCUCGGCGUGGGCAUCUUUGUUCUCAUGGGUCUCGCUGCUUUCGCAUCCGGUAUUAUGAUCUGGAGAACCUUCCUUGGUCUGGACUCCUCACGUUACCCCGUCCUGAGCUUCGGCGAUCCUUUCCUGCGUCUCUAUGGUCCUCGCAUGCGUCACUUCAUCAACUUCAUGCAGUCACUGCAGAUGUUCCUCAGUGUCUCUGUGGUGCUCCUGGGUAACACCGGUAUCAUCGCUCAGCUUGGUGGCAGCGCCAAUCUCUGCUACGUCGUCUGCGGUAUCAUUUCCCUGGUCGUCAGUAUGGCCAGUGGCUACAUGCGAUCCCUGAAGCACCUGGGCUGGUUCUGUAACUUCGCAGUCUGGAUCAACAUCGUCACAUUCAUCAUUAUCUGUGUCGCCGCCGCCAAGUAUGGUCCCGAUCCUACCGCCGCUGUUGAGAACGGUAUUUUGAACAAGGCCUGGGGUACGCGAGCCACCAUGGCCCCCGUCAAAACUUUCGUUGGCACUCCUACUGCUGAGUACCAGCCCACCGACACAAAUCUGUUUGCCGCCCAGUUCAACGGUAUCAACAGCAUGGUUUACGCCUACUCUGGAGCCGUCAUGUUUGUCGCGUUCUUGUCUGAGAUGCGCCGCCCCAUGGACUUCUGGAAGGGUCUGCUUUGUGCGCAGACCUUUAUUACAGUUGUUUACAUCUUCUUCGGUGCUUUCGUCUACAACUACUACGGCCAGUACAGCUACAGCAAUGUCAAUCAGUCCGUGUACCCGGAAAGGCUUCAGGUUGUUGGAAACGUUCUCUCUUUGCUCACCGGCUGGCUUGCCAUUUUCCUGUACUUUAAUGUCGGUAUGAAGACCGUUUACCUUGAGGUUGGCCAGCAGCUCUUCAACCUGCCCGCAAUUAGCUCCAAGAAGGGCAAGUUCUGCUGGUGGGGUCUCGGGCCCAUCUACUGGAUCCUCGGCUUUGUGCUGUCCAUGUCCGUUCCACAGUUCAGCGCCUUCACCAACUUCGUCGGCGGUCUGUUCAGUCUGAACUUUACCUACUCCUUCUCGGGAGUCAUGUACCUGGCCUACAAGAUCCAAGACGGUGCUCGCCUGGAAGGCGAGGGCUUUGACCCCGUCACCGGCCAGACCACCCGUUUUGACAGCGGCGUCAAGCGAUGGACUCGUGGCUUCGCCAAGACCUGGUACAUCAGCGUGCCGGUUCUCAUCUAUACUCUUUGCGGUCUUGCCACAUCUGGUAUGGGUACCUGGGCCGCUGUCCUGGCUCUGGAGUCUGCCUUCGGCCCUGGUGGCUCUGUCACUUCCUCCUGGACUUGCACUAACCCCUAUGCCUAA